CUUUUUCAGGUAGGAGAUGUGGCAUUGUCCAUAUUGCACAGUAUGGUAGCCCCUCAUUCAAAUAUAGAUGAUGCUAGAGAGAUUGAUUACACCAACCCCCAGAGUAAAGAGGAUCUUGUCAAGCUCACUUUGUCUUCCACAUAUUGCACAACUGAACUAUGCAGUGGCUGGAUGGUGGCUCCAUCAAUAUGCACAUUGUUUCUGGUGAACCGACUAUUGUUGAUGCUGCUGCUGCUCUGCUGAAAGCUAUAGUUACUAGGAACCCAAAAGCAAUGAUCCGACUAUACAGUACAGGCGCAUUUUCUUUUGCUCUGGCUUACCCUGGAUCUAAUCUUCUUUCAAUUGCCCAACUCUUCUCAGUGACUCAUGUUUAUCAAGCUUUUCAUGGUGGUGAGGAAGCUGCAAUUUCUUCUCUACCUUUGGCGAAACGAAGUGUUUUGGGCGGCCUCUUACCUGAGUCAUUGCUUUAUGUACUGGAACGUAAAGGCCCAGUUGCUUUUGCCGCAGCAAUGGUUUCUGAUUCUGACACUCCUGAGAUUAUUUGGACACACAAGAUGCGAGCAGAAAAUCUGAUCUCUCAGGUUCUUCAGCAUCUUGGUGAUUUCCCUCAGAAAUUGUCACAGCAUUGUCAUUCCUUAUAUGACUAUGCUCCAAUGCCGACAUAUCCAGAGCUGAAAGAUGAAAUGUGGUGUCAUCGUUAUUACUCGAAACUUAUGUGAUGAAAUUAUAUUUCCUAAUUGGCUAUUGUUGAACAUGUUGAGUUUUUGCAAUCAUUGCUAGUAAUGUGGAGAGAAGGGUUAACUCGAAGGCCAAUGGACCUUUCUGAAGAAGAAGCUUGCAAGAUACUAGAGAUUUCCAUUGAUGAAGUAUCCAGAGACGACGCCCCUAAGAAACCAAGUCUUGAGUCAGUUGAGGAGAUACCU